GAAACAUCGAUACGGCCAUUGUUUGCGGCACUCAUAUGCUGUUCGAGCCAUUCGUACUGCAAGUGCAACAGGAGUCGGGUCUGUGUUCGCCCAGAGGUGUGGCCGCAGUUCUCGAUGAAAACGCCGACGGCUUUGUGAAAGGCGAGGCCGUGUGCUGUGCUUUCCUACAGCGCAGGCGCAACGCCCGUCGAGUGUACGCUCGCAUAGUGAAUGCCAAAAUGAACAUCGAUGGUAAUAAGACAACCGGUAUGUACUUCCCAUCGGCCGACGCUCAGGAGGAGCUCAUGAUUGAUACGUACAAAGAGGUCAAUGUUGACCCCCUAGAGCUCACUUAUUUUGAGGCUCACUGUACGGGAACUAAGUAUAAUGCCGGCGAUCCGCAGGAAAUAAAGGCCAUAUACAACGCCUAUGUGAAAGCUCCGGGACGUACUCAACCCCUGCCGUUAGGAGUGUUUAAAAGUAAUGUCGGCCACUCGGAGGCGGGCUCUGGUGUGUCCGCAUUGAUUAAGGCGUGUAUUGUAUACGAGAAUGAAUGCAUUCCUCCCAACCUUAAUAUGAAACAAUUGAAAGAGGAAUGUCUUCCGUAUUGUCCGCCCAUUAAGCCAAUAGUGAAGUGCACGCCCUAUAAACCAGGUUUAGCGGCAGUGAAUAACUUCGGUAUAGGGGGUGCGAACGCACACGUAUUGCUCGAACCCAACCCUAAAGUGGGAACCAGUGAUGGACUGAGAAUUGCGGAAACGAUUCCCAGAAUUGUCAACAUUUGCGGCCGAACUGAAGAUGCGAGAGUGACGAAUGACUUUUUGGCACUUUUGGCCAACGCUAUGAAAUACACGCCUAAUAUUCACUCAUCGGGAAUGCCGUUCAGAGGUUCACUUAUAAUAAAGAAAAGUUCGGAAAAUAAUAAUGAAAUUAAUUACGAAUACAAGAGACAAAUUGGUUUUCAAAAAGGCAAAAGUUUGAGACCCCUUUGGGUAAUGUUCCCGGGUUUGGGCGGUCAGUGGCCGGCAAUGGCUAAGGCUUUAAUGCCAAUCAAAGUAUUCGCCGAUAAAGUGGAAGAAUGCCAUCAAAUACUCAAAGAGUUUGGCAUUGAUUUGAAACACAUGUUAUUAUCCGAAGAAAAGACAGCGAUGUCUACAAUGACUGCGAAGUUCUGUUCGACGACUGCUAUAGAGAUAGCAUUGUUUGAAGUGAUGAAAGCGCUGGACAUCACACCCGACGGCAUAAUUGGCCACUCGUUUGGAGAGAUAGCCUGUGCUUACGCUGACGGGUGUCUCGACACACGGGAAGCAAUGGUCGUCACAUCGAUUCGGGGAAUCGUUACGGAAAAUGACAAAAAUAUACCGAAAGGACUGAUGGCUGUCGUGGGGUUACCGAAGGCUGAGAUGCAAAAGUUGUGUCCAAACGGUGUUUACAUCGCCUGUAAUAACGCUAAGGAGAGUGUAGUCAUAUCGGGCCCGGAAAAGGAGAUGAGAGAAACCAUCAAAUCGUUGUCCGCGAAAAGUAUAUUUGUGCGACAAUUAGAGAGCAGUAAUAUUGCCUAUCAUUCAAAAUACAUCCAAACCUCUGCCCAACCGUUGAUCGACGCCAUCGACAAACAUAUACCGCAUCCGAAGCCGCGCUCAAAGAAAUGGUUGUCCACUUCACUCAUGACCGCUGACCCGAAGGACGAACGGUUGCGGUGCGCGUCGGGUGCCUAUUAUGCCUACAAUCUGGCCAACCCUGUUCAAUUCUAUGACCGACUCAAUGAAAUACCUGCCGAUGCAAUAGUACUAGAGUUGGGUCCGCACUCACUGUUUGGCAAAAUAUUUACCGAAACACUCAAUCAGUGCUCUUACGUAUCGCUCAUCAAAAAGGACUCAAACGACAAGAAUAUGGAUAUGUUUUUGUCGGGUUUGGCCACACUAUACGAGUUGGGCGUUAAUAUGUCGGUCGAUAAGCUAUACCCGUGUGUCGAGUGGCCGGUCGUGAGGGAUACGCAAGCGAUAAACUCGCUGAUCAAAUGGGACCACAGCUCACAUAUUCACACACCUCUAUAUCCGGAGCGCUAUAGCCGUACAAACGCUGCGGACAUGAAUGUGAACAUCAAUUGUCGCCUUCAGGAGGACUCGUUUUAUUUGGACCAUUGCGUCGACGGCCAGUCUAUAAUGCCGGCCACCGGCUAUCUGAUGCUGGCCUGGCGUAAACUGGCGGCGACCAUGGGCAAAUUGUGGUACAACGUGCCCGUUAUAUUCGAGAACGUACAGCUCCGGCGGGCAGUUUUUAUCAACGAUGACAAAGAUGUUAUUCUUAACGUUAAAUAUUUUCCAUUAACCGGUGACUUUGCGGUAUACGAGAAGGACAACGCGUGUGUUUCGGGCAAAAUGCGUGCGUCUGUGAGCGACGACACACUAAUCGCUCAGCACUUGCUCUACGAUAGCGAACGGCGUUUGGCGGCCGCCGAACACACCAUACAUAGGGACGACAUAUACAAAGAGUUACGUAUUAUGGGCUUCGAGUAUAAGCAGUCGUUCAAACGGCUCCGGACUGUGGGCACCAAUGACUACAACGAGUUUUACGGUGUGUGCGAAUGGGACGGCAAUUGUGUCACUUAUCUGGACGGACUGAUUCAGGUGCGCGGCCUGUCGGUGCCCUUCCGGAAGUUACUGUUACCGGUGCUCAUACGUAGGCUACGGCUCGACCCAAGAGUUAUGUUUGACGCUUUCCGUAGCCAUAGGCGCGAUGAGACGCGGGUGGAGACGACCGGCACUGAGGCGGUCACCGGUGCUGUGGAGGAGCCGACCCCUGUCAGCAUUAAUAGCGCCUAUUUUGUGCCGUCGACUGACGAACAGCAGACAAUAUCGGCGGUCGUCAACAAAGAGAAAGUCCGGUUCGACGACCGGUUCGCCCAAUACUCGGCCGAAAUGCCGUUGUAUUACAAUUCGGCGACCAAACAGUUGGUGGCGCCGGGCGUUGAACUCGAAGAGGUUAACGUGUUUCCCGCACCCCGUCGUCAGGACACCACUGCUCUCGUGUUAGACUCACAAGAGUUUUGCCCCAACGAUGACAAUCAGGCCAUCGAUGGCUGCUUAUCGGCCGCUGUGACCAAUGAAUACGAUUUGAGUAAAGAUGUUGUGAAUCAGAUCCAGAAGAAUGAGCGUAUGAUUAGAUCAUUGAUGGAAAUUGUGUGCGAAAACUAUGUAACCAUUAAUAAGAUAAAUAUCACUGAAAUUAAUCUCAACGACAGUUUUGUGGCCAAAGAUGUCGAACAGAUUUUCACACAUUUCCGAAUACUUCCCUUUGAAGUCGAUUACAAACUAAUCGUAAAAAACAAACAAUCGGUGAAUGAAUUGUAUAGAGAGAGGGCUUCUGAAUGGCAACUAAAUGAUGAAAUACCUCUAAAACCGUCGCAUUUGGUUAUAAUGAGAGACUCACAAGACUUAUGGCCAAUAGAUUUGUCUCAAUUCACACAAGACUUGUUUGACUCGAUUAAUACAAAUGGAUUUCUUGUAUCAAUAUUUCGGUAUAAGUUUACGGAACCGGAGAUUGCGUUCAUGUCUCUGAAGGGAAACACAAUUCCCAGUAAUAAUGAAUUGGAGGCAAGAAUUAAAACAUUUGAAUCGAUUGCAACUAAAACUGGAUUUAAAUUAAUCGCAACCAAAAGCGAUACAAUCGGAACCCUAUGCCUAAUGUUUAGGAAAAUCAUUCACAAACCUAUUAUACCGGAGAAACACAAUGUUAUUGACAUAAGCGGUGAUUACGAGCAAUGGUUCGGUGUAUUGCAGGAUAAGAUCAUUGACGCCAUGCGUGCGGACAAUAAAAUCAAUAACGUAUGGCUGGUGUCUAAGAACUCGUAUAUCAAUGGAAUCAUAGGUUUAAUGAAUUGUCUGCGUUUAGAACCGGGCGGAGAGAACUUCCGGUAUAUCUUCCAAAUGGACACCAAUAGUGUGACAGACAUUGACUUCAAUACUAAACCCUAUUCUGAUAUAUUGGCCAACGAUUUGGUCGCCAAUGUUAUCAAAGAGGGGAAACUGGGAACUUAUAGACAUAUUAAACUUCCCACAGAUUUUGAUAAAUGUGUUUCAAAUGAAUAUUACUUAAACUCUGGCACAACAAAAGAUUUAGCGGGACUUCAAUGGUAUGAUUCUCGGAAAUUACCCGAAAUUAAAAAGUCGUGGAAUUUUGACAAUAAAGAAAUUUUCAAAACACAAAUUAAUAUAUAUUGUGCGGGCAUUUCGUUUCAUGACGUUAUGGUCGCGUCAGGUCGUAUACCCGCGGGUCCGGAGCAGCUCUUAACCGAUUGUGUGUUGGGCUGUGAAUACGCGGGCCGUCGCGUGGAUACCGGGGAACGGGUGAUGGGUAUGGAUAUGGGCCGUGCAUUCGCCACAUCACUGAACGCCAACAUUCAUAGCAUGACUACAGUUCCCGAGCACUGGUCGAUGGCAGAGGCGGUCACUAUAUUGAGCACAUAUAGCACACUGUAUUACGCGCUCAUCAAACGGGCCAAUAUUCAACGAGGCGAGAGUGUAUUAAUUCAUUCAGCGGCGGGAGGUGUGGGUCAGGCGGCCAUCAAUAUGUGUAAGCAUUACGACUGCGAUAUCUAUACAACGGUUGGCACCGAAGAGAAGAAACAAUUUCUGAUCAAUGAAUACAAUAUACCGGAGGAGAACUAUGAGUGUGUGGCCAAUAGUGGCCGCUUUAUUGAGCUAGGUCGAUAUGACAUGAUACAAAACAAACAAAUAGGCAUGUUUGAUUUUGUGCGCGACAUUCAAUUCAUUGGUGUUGUUGUCGAUAACGUUAUGGGAAAUGACAUUAAAUUUUUUAAUGGAUUCUACGAUUGGGUUCACAAGAACUCAACGAAUGAAUGCGUAAAGCCAUUGAAUUAUACACUGUUUGAGGCCAAGGAUGCGGACAAAGCGUUCCGAUAUAUGACAACCGGUAAACAUAUGGGAAAAGUGGUCAUUAAAAUGAGAGCCGAAGAGAUGGAUAGGAGACCAUUGAUGGCCGUAAAGCCUGUCAUAAAUAUGAUGACAACGAGUAAGACAUUCUUCGAUUCAAACAAAGUCUAUAUAAUAACCGGAGGUUUGGGUGGCUUUGGUCUGGAACUGAUUCCAUGGAUGCAGUUCUUCGGCGCCCGAAUGUUUGUGACCACUUCCCGGUCCGGACUUCGCACUGAUUAUCAGAAAUAUAUUUACAAUCGUUUCAACAAAUUUUAUAAAAAUGUCAAAAUAUUUGAGUGUCAAUGGAUUGUCUCGACUGCUAAUGGCUUCACAAUUGAGGGCACAAAACAACUGCUACGAGAGGCACAAGAGUUGGGACCCAUUGGAGGGGUAUUUCAUUUGGCGAUUGAAUUAAAUGACUGUUUGUUAGAAAAGUUAACGUUUGAAAGGUUUUGCUCAUCUAUUGAUACAAAACACAAAAUAUUUGCAAAUCUGGAUCAAAUGACCCGACAAUUGGGUUAUCCAUUGGAUUAUUUCGUUAUGUUUUCGUCCAUAGCUUGUGGUAAAGGAAAUUCCGGACAAACUAAUUAUGGUUUCGGGAACUCCAUGUGUGAGCGUAUAUGUGAAGAGAGACGUAGGGAUGGUCUGCACGGACUGGCCGUACAGUACGGACCCGUCGGUGAUGUGGGAGUGUUUGAGGGCUCGGAUCAGCUCUUGGAGAUGACAACACUUAGAAAGCAAAGAAUCAAUUCGUGUUGCGAUGUUUUGGACAAACUUUUGUCUAUUAAACAGCCAGUCGUCACGUCAUAUAUUAAAGCGGAUUUCAGUACAAAGAAGUCGUCGGGCGUAAAGUCGCAUAUAAUCGCAGAGUUGUGGCGGGCGUUGGGUAUCGACCCGACAGUCACUCCCAAUCACCUGACACUCGGAGAGAUAGGACUCGAGUCGAUGUUUGCCGUAGAGUUGCAGCAGGAGUUGGAGAGGGAGUGGAAUAUUAACAUAUCGUUAAAUCAUAUAAAAAGCAUUACGAUUGGAAUGUUGAAGGACUACGAGUCGGGUAAUAUGGGUGCUGUGAAAAAGCAUCUGGAUGAGCUCAAAUUGGCCAGGUCCAAUCUGUUAAAACAGAAAUUUAUAAUACCUAUUGAAUCUCAUACCCGUCUAAACGCGGUGACCACCGGUCGACCCGUGUAUUUAAUGCCUACGAUUACUCUCAAUUUCACCAUGUUUGAUCAGUUUGUACAACGGCUUAAUCGGCCAGUGAUUGGGCUUAAUUGGACACGCGAGAUGAGCGCACUGACCACGUUUAAACAAGUCAACGAAUACUUUAUGACACUUAUGAAACAACUGGAGCCCAGGGGUGGGUACGAUGUAAUCGGCUAUUUAGACGGCGCCAUCACUGCCGGCAAACUUUUGCUGAAAGGAUGGGCGGACAAAGUGGUGAUCAUCGAUGUUAUGGCCGACGAUCGGCUCAACACAGAGUUGGAUCAGCUCACAGAUGAAGAUUUAUUGAUAUUUAUAUUUAGCUUACAGUUUAACAAAAUACCUGCACAUAUAAGGGAUAGGAUUAUAAGGGAUGUUAAGAAACAGUCGGACACCAGGGCUCGAGUCAAACGCAUGACAACUGAGUUGAUAGAGUUUGUGGGCAAAGGUCUGAUGGCGCCCGAUAUCGACGAGAUUUACCACAUUUCGUUGGCCAGACUUCGGAUGCUUUUGACGUAUAGAUCGGAGAAGACGAAGAAGUGGUCAAAUCGGCUCAAAAUGACAAUCGCUAAGAAGUGGUCUAAACGUGUGGGCAAAUUGAUCAUGAUCAAACCGGUUAUUAUGGAUGGUGUCGAUAAUAUCAAUGAAUUAGUUGUCAAAUCACGUGACGCCACC